AUGACAGUAGCUCAGAGGAACAACAACUAUAACACACAACACAUCUUCGACAGUCGUGGCAAUCCAACCAUUGGGGUCGAUAUUACUGUCUCUGAUGGCACUUUCGCUAAAGCCGCUGUUCCUAGCGGUGCAUCCCCUGGUAUUUAUGAGGCUCUUGAGUUAAGAGAUGGAGGAUCUGACUAUCUCGAAAAAGGUGUAUCAAGGGUUGUUGACAGUGUGAACACCGUCAUUGUCCCAGCAUUAAUCAGAAAGGACCCAACUAAGCAGACUGAGAUUGACAACUUCAUGGUUCAACAGCUUGAUGGAAUUAUUAACGAGUGA